GGUGUGGUGCACACAUAGCUACAGGCAUUGUGGCGUAGUCUCUAUCUCCUCAAGAAAAGUCAGUCGACAGUUUGUAGAAUAUAGGGCGUUCAUUCGGUAGCGACCAGGAUCAUUUCGCUGAAAAAAUGACGGUUGAGCCGUUGCGUUCGGCGAUGUCUAUGGGAAAUAGCGAGGAUACAUCCCUCGCCCUGCCAUCAGAUAACAAUUUACGCACAGGACAGCAACGUGUACUGGAUCAAGUUCACACUAUAAAGAGGAGCAAGUCGAAACAACUUAAAAAUGGAUCACUCUCACCCACGAGUCCAGUGACACACAUAUCAGAAUCAGAGCCUAUAUCCUUCAGGUUCUCACCUUCAGGAACCAUAAAUGGCAGUGUCUUUGGAAGGAGCAAAUCAGUUACUGUGGGCAGCCGCAAUAGAACGGCCAUCCAGCAGAAGAGCCGCACUCUCUCUGCAAAGUCCAGGAAAUCCAGCUCCAGCCAAUGGGAGCAACACAUCCAGUCCUCCAACUGGCCCCAAUCUCCCCUGCAGACUGCAAGCAAUGGUAUCAUGCCCAGCGUCAGUGACCCGACACUGGCCCCCACCAACCUCAUGAAGCGGGCCACCGGGCAGGCCUCCACUAGGCAGGCACGGCCCAGUGCCACUGUUCACUCCAUGGUCAACGAGACGACCACCAACAAGGUGAUCACCACCAGCACCGUACAGCGCCACUCUGCUGUGCAGACGCCAUCGAGCCCAGGCAAGGUGGAGACCAAGAUAUCAGUCAUGGCCAAAACUAAAACUGAGGUGGACCCUCUCACCACUGUGCCUGACAUUACAAUGAAAGAGGCGGUGGAGUAUCUCUCAAAAGAAGAGGGGAAUUAUCAGAUAUGGGGAGCAUCCUUCAUCCAGCAUAGCACCUUUACGGAUGACAAGUCCAAGCACGAGGUCCUGCAGCUUGGAGGGAUACCUCCUCUGGUGGCUCUGCUGCGGCACUCCAACUCUCAGGUGAAGCAGACUGUGGCCGCUGCACUGAGGAACCUGGUGUUCAAGAACAGCAACAACAAGCUGGAAGUGGUCCGCUGCGAAGGCAUUGAAGAGGCUCUGACCCUACUCAAGGAGACAAACUCUGCCUUCACUCAGAAACAGCUAACAGGCCUUCUGUGGAACCUGUCAUCAGCAGACGCGCUGAAGCCCACUCUCAUCAAAUCAGCACUCCCGGUUCUGACAGAGACCAUUGUGGUGCCCUACACGUGCUGGUCAGAAACCAGCGCCAGUAACUAUGGCGACCCAGAGGUGUUCCACAGUGCCACCGGCUGCAUGCGCAACUUGAGCUGUGCCAGUAAGAGGGAGAGGCAGGCAAUGCGGGACUGCAACGGACUUAUCGACGCCCUCGUCUCAUAUGUACAGUCCUGUGUGACUAUAGACAAUGCAGAUGAAAUGUCGGUGGAGAAUUGCGUGUGCAUUCUGCACAAUUUGACAUACCAGCUAGAGACAGAGGCCCCAGAACAGUUCACUAAGUACAACGGAUUCUCUGAAACGAGAGCCGAUGCCAACAAAAAGUCAACAACUAUGGGUUGCUUCAGUCCUAAAAGCAAAAAGAUACAGAACACCUUUAACUUUCCAUGGAUGGAGGAGGAGAGUGACCCAAAAGGUCUGAGUUUGCUCCACCACUCCAAGACCAUCCAGACGUAUCUGUCCCUGUUGGGCUCCAGUCAGAAAGAGGCUACACUGGAGGCCGCCUGUGGUGCACUGCAAAACCUCACCGCCAACAAUAGCCCUGUGUCCAGCCUCAUGAGUCAAACCAUUGUACAGAAGCUGAACGGCUUGCCGAUGGUCUCCCCUUCCCUCCAGUCCCCUAACCUCAGCCUGCAGAAGACCGCCAUGUCCCUGACUGGCAACCUCAGCAGAACCACAUCGCUACAGAGCAGUAUGGUGCGGCAUAUCCUUCCCCAGCUCGCCGUGCUCCUGUCAGCUGGCCCUAAAGAAAUGGGCAACUGUGACGACACAGUGGCGACUGCGUGCAACACCGUGCGCACACUUCUGAUGUCCGAGCCUGAUGUGGGCAAGAAGGUGGUGACCAGUACCAUGGUGGAAUCUCUCAGUGAGCUGAGUGAGAACAGUAAGUUCCCAAAGGCUAGCAAGGCUGCAGCCAUUCUGCUGUACAGGUUGUGGGAUGAGAAGGAAAUCCAGAGCGUCCUGAAGAAACAAGGGAUGAACAAGAACACAUUUGUGAACGAAGUCACAACGGCUGCCCACAAGUCAAUACAGGUUAUUGAUUGAUGACAUGGACAAAGGAUCCCACUAGACCAUAAAUGGUGGAGACUUGUGUGCUUUGGAAUAGCACACACCCGUAGAAGAUUCUAUCCUCUCUAUUUUGGAAUGAUUGUGCUUAUGUUAUGUAGAGGAUCCUGUCACCUCUAAAACACGAACCACCAGAGAACUCUUUUUGUUCUGGCAAGAGACCUGCAAUUCAUUUUGGAUUUUUUUUUUCAUUACAUCUGCUAUAAUCCAUCCAUUGUCAUGGACACCUUCAUGUCAGCAUUGCCACUUCCUCCUACAUGGAUAUAUGGAAAGAUAGUCUGUGAACAAGAAGAAAUUACAGUAAAAAAGAAUAAACCAUAUAUUUUAUUCCGUAGAACAGUGAUGACACAAGUCUAUAAGUCUGCCAUGCUUUUUGUGUGUAUCUCAGGAGGAGUCGGGGAAAGCUGCCCUUCAGGUUCAGAUCUAGGGAUGCUAUUAGCUAUAUGUACACUUCUUGUUAUCUUCUAGGAAUACUAAUCCAGCCCUUUCCUUAAAUGUAAAGAUGUCUUGUUCAUUGACUGUAUUGUUUCUUCACAGCAUCUACCUUGAUGUUACCUGGCAUUCAAGUAUCAAAACAUGUUUCAAAAAAUGCAUAUCCAUAUGUACAGUAACACUUUCUAUGAACACAGUAUCCAUUAUGAAUACAUUCAUUAAGGGUUAUAACACACUCAUAUAGCCUGAUAAUAAUUGACAUAAGUCUAAAGACUGGCUUUAUGAUACUUCAGGUUGUAAGGGAUUAUUCUACAACGAUGCAAUGUCUUAUGAGUGCAGUCAUAACUAUUUUUGGAUCGUUAUACAGUAUAGUGGUUAUAUAUUUUGUCAAUCAUCAUGAAACGUAAAUACUUUAUAACCCUGUAUGUAUGAAUGUGUUUAUCUGCAUAAUGGUUAUUGAGUUUAUAUAAAUAUUAACAUUAAUAGAUGGUUUUCAGCAUACUGGUAUCAGCUUAUUCUGGGUUGUGGCGCUUGCACAGAAAAUAUUACAAACCUUGUCUUAGUAGCUCACUGUAUUAGUUGAUAAAUUAGCACUUAUUGUUGCAUUAUAUUCAUUCAUUCAUUACACGCAAAAUCGUAUCUAAUCUUUUUUUUUUGGAAAUGUUACUAUUUAUGCCAAAGAUUGAAUGUAAAACAAUGCCUUGUGCAGUAUUGUAUAAGUAUAUAUACUCUUUUGAUCCCGUGA